AUGUUUGCCAUGUGCCAACCGGAAUUCCUCCUCCAUCCACAGCUCAAUGAAGCCCAGGAAAAUUCACAGCGGGAUGUGAUCUACUGUAACAAAAAGGACUCCCAUCCAGACAAGAACCUCAACUUUGUGGAUGAGAAGUCCUAUGAUAGCAAUGAAAACUGGAGCCGACUCACAUCAAAGACGCUGAUGCCAGAGGAAUGGGAACAACGGAAUGACAAUGGGAUAAAGAAGGUAUCUAAGAAUCUGACCGAUCUAAUAUACCAACAGAAAGCAAAGAAUUGCUCUAGACACAUUUCUCAGAAACUAAAGUCUGAUGACAACUUCCUGGGCUUAGAGGAGGAAAAGGAAGGAGAAGAGGAGGGCAUCCGUAGACCACCUGAAGGUGCUGAGGUCAGAAGUCCAGAACAAGAGACCAACCACCAGGUGAAGGUAAAGGAAAGAGGGAAUCUGGCCUGCUCCCCUCUAGAAGAUAAUGAUUAUUCCAGCAGUCCUCUAAGUGUUGAUAGCCCUGAGAGUGGUGGCACCAAUGCUUGGAAGAUACCUUCUGUCACUGAUGAAGACUGGACAUGUAAUGCUGAGCACCAAGCCCCCUAUGGUGAUUUUGACAGCUCUUCCUCUAGUUCUGAGAUCUUCUCCCCAGUACUGGCAGAUGCUUUCAGGACCAUGCAGGAGAGGAAGAAGUUGGAGAAACAGAAACAUCACGUCCACUUAGUGAUGUAUCGCCGCCUGGCCUUGCUCCGUUGGAUUCGCAGCCUCCAGCAGGCGGUUGCAGACCAGCAAAAUCGACUGCAGGAGAGCUUUGACAUUAUCCUGGACAACCGCAAAGAACUUAUUCGACAUGUCCAGCAAGGCAUGGUGCACACUAAAACCCCAACUUAGGGAGAAUUGUAAAAAAAACUGGCACCCUUCCACCUCUUCAUUUCAUAGCUUGGCCUUCCAAAUAAGGUUCAUCGGGAUCACAGUUUGUUUGCAAUUUGCCCCAGUGGACUUUUCUCAUGUUUGAUGUUCCUCCCAGAACACAUCAGAAGGUUAUCAGCCAGUUAAUCAUAGACACGCCAAGGAAUAUUAUUUUACGUGGACAUAUACUUUUUUUCAAGGUAUUUUCCAGGGUGCAUCGCUUCUGAGUGUGAAUGUACUGUAAAUACAACUUACAGUGAAGUGAAAUGAAAUAAGAGAUGUAGAUGGUACUAUGAUGAGCAGAGCCUAUAAUCGUGGA